AUGUCGUUCGCCAUAAACACGCAUUGCUCAGCCUGUUACUCUAAGCGAUGUAAUUCUUGCAGAUAUGAAAAGGAUUCCGUCUCGAUAGCAGCACUUCCCUCGUUUAAUUCGUGGAGCAAUACCAUCGCAAAGUCAUACAAAACAGACGACUCCUUCAAGCCGGGCUCGAGUAGGGACUACCAUGGAAGUAGCCCGAGCAGCCAGUCCGGCAAGAUCGCCGGGGAUCAAAACAAAGAAGAGCCCUUUCCUCUGUCUUGGACCGAAUUCAUUCAUUUUCCGGAAUCAGAGGCGACUUCCAAAGAUGCAUUAGGUGAUACCGUUCAAGAGCCAGCAGAGUCAGCGACCCAACAGUCGGCUCUAGAAAGAUCACAAGAGUUGUCAGGCACCGGGACUCGAGAGCUGACGGAAGCAAUCACCGAAAAAUUCGCUGCUAUGGCCGUCCACAAGAAGUCGACGACAGAGCAUGGCGAAGCCGGCGGCAAGCUUUCUCAACGCACGUCACAUGAGGGCAUUACUGGAGAUGUCGAUAAAUAUCCCAUCGAAGACUUGGCCCCAAAUAUAGUGUCAGCCGUGCCUCCAAUCGUUGCGACCUCCUCAGCACAUUCACAAGCCGAUAGAAGAGCGGAAUCUAGACUAGAGGGCCGGAUGCGAGCUGCUGAGCAGAUCUCUGCACAGCUUGUCGAACAAUCACCGCGGCAUUUAGUGGCACCGAGUCCUAGCAACGCCACGGACAUGGGCUAUGUUACUGCGUUCAUGUUAGAACUAUGUUCCACGCUCCCUGCGGCCUUCAACAAAGCCAAUUUGGAGAGGGUUGCUCUUUUGGAGCUUCUCCAGGCCUUUACUACGAGGCUCGCACUAGAGGGCACGACAGACGUCCACCGGCAAAUUGCCGGGGACGUACAUCGCUGUCAGAGGCAAAUCGUGAUCGAGCUUGAGAAGCACUGCGCAGCAGGCGAUUACGAAUCUUCAUUUACUACGUCAGAAACGGGACUUCAGGAAAUGGAACUCCACGAAAUGGAACUCCAGGACAUGAUGUCACUUUGGACCAUAUCAGAGAGAGAGAGCGGCGACAAUGGAGACAAUUGGCAGCAGACUCCAGCUGUCAAGGGUUCGGAUCCCGGUGAGGCUCUCGGCCCAGAUUCUCCCAAUGUAUCAUUCUAUCGGCGAAUACUCGUGCAGUCUCCAGCGUAUUUGUGGUUGGUGUCGCGUAUCCACACUGAGGGAAGCCUCCACCCUGCGAAACCAGAUGUAAUGCGCACAGAGAUCAGGGCACAGAUCUUGCAAGCAAUCGAACCGCCGGCGACUCCCACCGAUGGCACACACGCCCCCACAUUCACGAUCACUUUUGAGGUUGACUGGGAUCCAGUGAUGUUCGUACAAGAGCAGAAUUAUGAGUGUUCAGUGGAGGCAGUCCUUCCACGGGUAAUCGUAUUGACCGGAAACGCGAAUACCAACAACGUUCAAGCAAGUACAUGUUUACAGUACGUGGAACAAACUUGGCCUUACAAUGGACGCGAUAUCAUCCAUGUCCUUCAGGAUACUUUGGGCAAUCAAAUCCAGAUUGGCGAAUUUGAUUCCGGUACACGGCUUAGCGCAAAAUAUGUUGACAACAAGAUCAACUUUACCGUAUCUGGGACUGCAUACUCAAUCGCCGAGGUCGGUGAACAGCUUGCGUGGCUAGGAUCUGCUCUCCGAUCCUCCCCAGAGAGCGAACGAUUGAUGCAUUGCACCCCAUUUAUCAAAAGCACCUGGACUCCAUUGCGUCUGUCGAAAAGGUCAGAGAGAUUUGCCUCAACAUCAACCACCCAUUUGACCGGGAUUUGUAAGAUUGGAUUCGUUCUUGAGGAUCUGGCUCUAGAAGGAACCGUGAAUGGAAGUUGUUGGCAUCAGAUAAUGAGGAAUCCGGUUGUCGUGAAGGGUUAUCCCAUCUUGCCUCGACCGAAGGAAGACUCUGGGCUUGAGAUCCCUCUUCACAUAUUAUCGGCCCUCGGAAAUGCACGGAGGGUAGUGGAUUUCUGUGGAAUGACUUAUCUCAAGGGGUUUUCUACGAUGUUUGCUGCCACAUACAGCGAAGCAAACACGACAUAUUGGCAUAUGAUCUGCAAUCAGGAUCGGAGAUAUGUCUCUUUCGAAGACCCACGCGUUCCCCGAGACCGGUAUCUCACAGAUCUCGUCCCUGUUAGUACCUUGCAAGCGGGCCGACAUAUUCUGGGAUGGUGCAACAACGUGAAAAAUCUGACAGGAACGUCAAUAGCUAACUACGAAAUCGAGUGGUCGGGUUCGGAAGCACCUCACCAGAGCUGCGCUUUUGAAAGAGUAUCCAUAUCAGGGGGCAAGUUUGUUAGUGCUGGCGCCACGUUCGCCAUAGGCAUGAAAGAUAAGGCCAUUCAUAUCGAUUUCGGAGAUGACUAUUUCGGAAUGCUAAAAGUAAUGGCUGACAGACACUUCGUCUUCUACGAUGUGGAAGCCAAGCGAGCAUGGUUGGUUGACGGAGCCAGCGGGGUUUUACACUUCUUGAGAGCCUCUCUUCACGAUUUACGAAACGAUAGACGCCUAAGGAAGCUCUUCCAAUUCGACUUCGACAAAUUCAAUGAUGCGAGUUGUGACUCUAGCGGAGGAGAUGCAGCCUUCGAUGUUCUUUCAGACGAGGAGAACAUGAGGCUGCCGCUAUAUCCUCAAAUGCAGAAGACAUAUAAGGAGACGACUACGAAGGAAGAUGCGCUUGGUGGGCUGCCAGCCACAGAAAACGUGGAAAAGCGCAUGACAACAAACGUAUGUCUUCGUGAUCGUGUUGAACAAAUCUGUCAUGUCCUGGCGCAGAUUACAGCUCACCAAGACGACGUUCACACACAAGCAGGGGUGGGUUUCCGUUUGAAGUAUACUCCCAGACGCCAACUCGAAGGCUUCGACUUUAUGGAUGUGGCGACUAACCAAGGCACACUAUGGCCUAAAGUCACGACCAUACAGGCAGUUGGGGAAGGCUGGAUAGACUUCACCCGAGCCAUACACGCUCUGGCCUUCUUUGGAGCCGGGUUUGGCGAGCUGUUCCGGCCCACGAAUCAAGCACAAUACAACUGCCGAUCCUGCAAAUGGAACGAAGAGCUCCCCAGAAAUAAAGACUACCUUGCUGUGCGUGUCGCCGACAUUAAGGACAUCAUGAAGAAGAAAGGGACGAAGACGAGUCGUCCCUGGCGACUGGCUGGUGAUAUUUACUGGCAUGCACCGGAUGAGCCUUUUGCACACUGCGAGGGCUCCGAAAGGUGUGAGCACGACCGUGUGCAGGUCCUUCUGCCUGCAACCUUCCCGAAGUUGUACGGUCUCCAAAGCCCACGAGAGCUCGCUGCCGACGGAGCGGUGAUUUUUGGCCACUGCUGCAAGUUCCCACUUCGCUGGGCUAGUCGCAAGAUACCAGAGAGAGCGGACGCGGAUGAUGCACUAAUGGAAGAUAUCACCGACACGCCGUUCUACGACCCUGGCAAUGCUCGACUAGGCGAUAAUGGCUCGUCGUCCAACGCAACGCCUGAUCAGCCUCCUUGUACAAGUAGGAGCCCCGAGUCCCCGGCCCCCUCCUCCCGCCCGCACAAGCGCCGACACAGGUCUUCCGGGACGACUCGGACGUCCUCGAAUUCGGGUCUGUACACCCACCAAAAUCAACAAUUUAUACGAUGA